GCGCGAGAAGGGGGGGGAGGGAGGGCUUCGCUGCGACGUUAAUGGCGGUUAGGGUUUUCUUUUUAUCGAGCUAAACCCACCCUUUUUCUCCGGCUUCUGCUCUCUGAAUCCUGUAAAACCUUGCCUCGUGGCCACUAAUUUGUGGAUUCCGUCCUCGAAUUGCCUUCCGAGAAUCUCCGGCGGCCGGAGUCCGGCGAUGGGCGGGCAGGGGAAGGGGUCCAACUCGUCGAAUUCCAUGCAGCGUGUCAAGGUUUAUCGUUUGAAUGACGACGGCAAAUGGGAUGACCAGGGAACUGGGCAUGUUUCUGUUGAUUAUUUGGAGAGUUCAGAGGAUCUUGGUUUGAUUGUGAUUGAUGAAGAGGAUAGUGAUACAUUACUUGUGCACCGCAUCUCCUCGAAUGACAUCUACAGAAGACAAGAAGACACAAUCAUCUCAUGGAGAGAUCCUGAACUAGCUACGGAAUUGGCAUUGAGCUUUCAGGAGGCUACGGGAUGCUCCUAUAUAUGGGACCAUAUAUGUGGCGUACAAAGAAACUUGCAUUUUAGUAGUCUAGGAAAUCUCGAGAUCGGCCCUCAUCCAGCAAUGGAAUCUCUAGAAGCUACUAAUGCUUUGCAGUCAAAUGAUGAAUCAUUUCGUGCUGUUAACAGCGAAUUGAGAGAGCUCCCAUCCAUUGAAUUAUCGAGUCUCCCUUUAAUUUUAAAGACGGUACUAGAAUGUGGCAUUACAGAUCAGAUGCGUGUAGCGGAAUUAAUAUUACAAGAUCAAGAAUUUUUCCCUAGGCUAUUGGACCUUUUCAGAAUGUGUGAAGACUUGGAAAACGUGGAUGGUCUUCACAUGAUUUUCAGAUUGGUCAAGGGGAUCAUUCUAUUAAACAGUCCCCAGAUCUUUGAUAGAAUUUUUGGGGAUGAAUUUAUCUUGGACAUUAUUGGUUCUCUUGAAUAUGAUCCUGAGGUCCCUCAGGUGCAGCGGCAUCGUGCUUUUCUGAAAGAGCAUGUGGUUUUUAAAGAGGCUAUCCCUAUUAAAGAUUCCUCAGUUUUGUCAAAGAUACAUCAAACCUACAGAGUUGGUUACGUGAAGGAUGUUAUUUUGCCAAGGAUAUUGGAUGAGGCUACAAUAGCAAGUCUUAAUUCGAUCAUUCAUGCAAACAAUGCUGCUGUUAUAUCAUUGUUGAAAGAUGAUGCUUCUUUUAUUCAAGAGCUAUUCGCAAGGAUGAGGUCCACCUCAACAUCUACGGAAUCAAAAAGGGAAUUGGUAUUAUUCUUGCAUGAAUUUUGUUCUUUGAGUAAAAGUUUACAGAUGGUACAGCAAUUGCGGCUAUUUCGGGACCUUGCUGGCGAAGGCAUAUUUGACAUCAUAACUGACGUGUUGCAGAGUCAGGAUAGGAAGCUUGUGUCUGCCGGAGCAGAUAUUCUCAUUCUAUUCCUAAACCAAGAUCCUAACCUUCUCAGAUCAUAUGUCAUUCAACAAGAAGGAAAUUCCCUUCUUGGGCUUUUGGUUAAGGGUAUGAUAACAGAUUUUGGGGAGGACAUGCAUUGUCAGUUCCUUGAGAUCAUUCGCAUAUUGGUGGACUCAUACUCUACAUCCGGGUCACAGAAAGACACAAUCAUAGAGAUUUUCUACGAAAAACAUCUGGAUCAGUUGAUAGAUGUUAUAGCAUCAUCUUGUCCUCCAAAAAGCAAUUCUUGGACAGUGAUUAAAUCAUCUGGCUUUGGUUCUAGAGUAGAGUCUCAUGCUGCAACCAAGCCUGAAAUCUUAUCAAACAUCUGUGAGCUGCUUUGUUUUUGUGUAAUUCAUCACCUCUACAGAAUAAAGUGCUACUUUCUUGCCAAUAAUGCCAUAGAAAAGAUCUUGUUUCUGACUUGCAGAAGAGAGAAGUUUCUGGUGGUGGCAGCUGUUCGCUUUAUGCGAACUAUAAUCUCCCGUAAUGAUGAGCAUCUGCUUCGCCAUAUUGUGAAAAACAAUCUUGUAAAACCAAUCAUCGAUGCUUUUAUUGAGAAUGGUAAUCGCUACAACAUGCUGCAUUCAGGUGUUCUAGAACUUUUGGAGUACAUCCGUAAGGAGAAUCUCAAAAGUCUAAUCAUAUAUAUAGUUGAUUCCUUCUGGAACCAGCUACAGAAGUUUGAGCAUUUAGGGUCUAUUCAGGCCUUUAAGAUAAAAUAUGAGCAGUCCAUGGAGAAUUGUGACACCAAGAACACUGCUACCAUGGUAGACCCAAGAAAAAAGAUUGAAGAACGGGCUCUUGAAAAGGAAGAAGAAGAGUACUUCAAUGAGGACAGUGAUGAAGAAGACUCUGCUUCUCAUUUACCAAACACACGUAGCCAAAAUGCACGGAUGAGUCUGCCUAAUGGGACCAAAGUCAGCUACUCAUCUUUUAGGCCUGGUUCAGGUGGACUUGUUGACUAUGAAGAUGACGACGACGAUGAGGACUAUAAUCCACCACCUAGGAAGUCUGAAUCUUCAACAGAAAAUGAUGAACUCAUCGUUUUUUCCAAGACUAAACGAAAGUCAACUGCUGCUGCUGAUAGCAAAGAGGAGGUUCAUGAGCUCUCAAAGAAACAAAAGCUGGAUCAACGUGUGAAUGAUGUUAAGGUUGCUAGUAGUGCGACUGCCUGUUCCACUGCCAGCCAUACUGAUACAGCCAGUGGAAGGGAACCCUCACCUCCUGCUGCUUCUCACGCUACAGACACAAAUGGUGUUUUGGAUGAACAUGAUGCUGAAAAUGAAACUGCUGGUCCCCAAAGUUAUAAUUGUGUGCCUGAUGCUGCGGAUACCAGACAGGGAUGCGGAGAUGACAGUCCAUCAAUACCAGCCAGCAAUUCAUCGCCUGAGAGGGUUGUGACUGGAAAGGAUGUUACUGGUUCUGAACCAUAUUCGGUGCGAUGAUUUGCUAGUUUGACUUAUUUAUUGAGCAUAGUUUAUUCGGUGGAUGAGAAGUGGUUUUUAGAGGAGGAUGAGAUGAUCAUGAAAAUGCUCAAAGCCAUGAUUGGGGAGGUGACAUAGCACAGGAGCCUAUCAGUUUCAAGCCUGAUUCCAGGUAAUAUUAUUGGCAGCACCUUGCCUUCGAAUUGAGAAUGGACAGACAACCUGGUCUUGGCUGUGCUGCACAAUGUGACUUUUGCUGUUUCACUUGUAAAACGCUCAUUAAGUCUAUACAUCUUUAUUUGUCAGCUAAGACAGGAGCACCAAUAUGUGCUCAUUUUUCUCCAAAAAAUUUUUGCGGGGAUGCUUAAGUUGAUAUUAUUGUAAAAUUGUAGUGGCUAGUUUUGUUGCAAUCAUUUACAGCAGAUGUGGGUAUAAAGGUAAUGUAAUUCAUUCAUUGACUACUUAAAAACUAGAUUUAGUUUCUGCGGGAAUGUUUUCUCAACACAGCUGACUUCAUGUUAAGAAAGUCAAUAAAUUGAAACUUAAGCGUA